CUGAGGAGGGACGAGGACACUAAUCAGAGGAGUUGUGACACAGACUCACUGAAACACACUCCAGCAGAUCUCUCAGCGUGAAUCACUGACUGAAGCAGAGCCUCUCACCCUGUGGACCACUGACUGAGCCCGAGGUGACAAUAUAGAGCUCGUCCACAUCUCUGUGUGGUGUGGCCCGCUCCGGUGGUAACCAUGACGACUGCAGAGCCACCAAAGGAACUGCGGCACAGAAGCAACAACAAGGCUCUUCCAUCAGAUGAGCUCUCCGACCAGGUUGUGCGGCCCGGUAACGUGCAGGAGGACGAGCUGAGACAGUGGAAAGAACAUGCACAGAGGGUGAAGGUGAAAGUGCUGGAGCAGGUCCAGGAUCAGCUCAGUAACAUUCUAGACGAAGCUCUGAGUGAGUCCGUUCAGCCUUUCACCCACAGCCAGCCGACCAUUAACGGCAAGAUGACCACAAAGACCUCAACGAGGUCUCAGAAAAUGGAUGACGGCAAAGUGUUUAUAGAGAGGCCGUCACUGCUGGAUGAGCUGUUUGAGAUCAGUCACAUCAGGACCAUCUACCACAUGUUCAUCGCCGUGCUCCUCAUCUUCUGUCUGAGCACGCUGGCCGUGGACUUCAUCGACCAGGGCAGGUUGGUCCUGGAGUUUGACAUGCUCUUCUUCGCCUUCGGGAAGCUGGGUACCGUGAUCCACGCCUGGCUGGUGAUGUUCCUCUACACCCUGCUCGUGCCCUACUACACGCUGGUGCUCUGGGCGUCCCUGUACCACAUGGUGCCCUCCAAGUUGGGUCUUUCUCUGGGGACGGGCUUCAUCCUGUCUGCCGCACAGACCUGUGUCCUGGGACUGUUCCCGAUCUACGUAGUGGUAGAGAACCAGCUGCCGCCGGCCUCGCGGUUCAUCGUGAUACUGGAGCAGAUUCGAUUCGUGAUGAAGAGCUACUCCUUCAUAAGAGAAACUGCUCCGGUUCUAAUGAAGAAUACACCAAAGGAAGGGGAAGGUCCGAUAAUCCCGCCAUUUUCCAGCUAUCUGUACUUCCUCUUCUGUCCCACUCUCAUCUACAGGGAAUCAUACCCCCGGAACAAACACAUCAGAUGGAACUAUGUGGGCAGCACUCUUGCCAUGAUCUUGGGCUGCCUGUUUUACGGCUACUUCAUCCUGGUCCGCCUCUGCAUUCCCGUCUUCAGACCCCAGACCAACCAGCCGUUUAGUAUUCGGACCAUGGUUCUGGCUGUUUUCCACUCAAUCUUACCAGGUAUUAUGCUGCUUCUCCUGUGUUUCUUCGCCUUCCUGCACUGCUGGCUCAACCUCUUUGGGGAGCUGCUGCGUUUCGCUGACAGGAUGUUCUACAAGGACUGGUGGAACUCCACGUCCUUUGCCAACUAUUACCGCACCUGGAAUGUGGUGGUUCACGACUGGCUGUAUUACUACGGCUACAGAGACUUCCUCUGGCUGUCCAAGAGGAGAUUCCGAGCAGCUGCCAUGCUCUCCGUGUUCAUCGUCUCCGCCGUCGUCCACGAGUACGCCCUCACCAUGGGCUUGGGAUUCUUCUACCCCGUCAUGUUCUGCUUGUUUGCCGUACUCGGAGUGGUGUUCAACUUCACCAUGAACGACAAGCGCCAGAGCCCCGUGUUCAACGUCAUCAUGUGGGCGUGUCUCUUCCUGGGCCAGGGCGUCCAGGUGUGCCUGUACUCUCAGGAGUGGUACGCUCAGAUACACUGCCCACGCAAAGAGGUUAGUUUCUGGGAGCUGGUGACGCCUCGGUCCUGGUCCUGCAGCUACCACGGGUGACGCUGCCUGUCUCCUGCUCUGGACGGAUGAAGGAUAGAGAAAUGAAAAGAUGAAAAUCAAGACGGAGUAAACGUAGAUGAAAGUGUGGAGGGAAAACUUGAAAGACGUGUAUUUUUCUUUUUUUCUCUUUUAUUCCAUCAAGAUUUCUUUGGGUCAACAUAUGACUAUAGCUGUUUUGGUCAUAAUGUUAUCCAAGAGUGAUGUUUUCCAUGUGUCACAUCUGGAUUAUUACCUCCACCUAUAGGAGGCUAUGUUUUCAAACCCGUGCAUUUCUCUUUUAUUUUUUAACAGUAAACUACUGAACAGAUUCCCAUGAAACUUGGCGGAAGGAUGGGAAAUGUGAGACAUUCAUAGAAUUUCAGAUCAAGUCUAAUGUAGAUUUUGAUGAAAGAAUCCGACAUAUGUAGGAGAUGUUUUCUAUGAAUCUGUGCAGUGUGGUUUGAUGAAGGGGACGGUUGUCUUUGUCUGAUUGUAUUAAAUAGUGUUUUUAUGAUUCAAGCUGUUUAAGAAAAGCGUUUACUGUUUAAGUUCAAAUAUUUUAGUGCUUAAUUAAAUUAUUUCUGCAGUAUUUGUGCUAAAGCUGUGCUGACGGAACCUGGGAAAGUUUUUUUUGUUCUCAUCUUGUAGCUGUUUGAAUACACUUGAGAAAGUUUCUGCUUCUUCUUCUCUGAAUUAACGAGACAGCCGGAGCCACAGAGAAGCUUUCACUUCACCGCUGUCCCGUCCGUGUAGAUUGAUCGGAAACUGAAAGCAAAACACUUCCAUGCAGCAGCCUUGUGUCAAUGGUUUUAUACUUUCAAUCAAAACUAGUGACAACAGGCUUCACCGCAGUGUGUGUGUGUGUGUGUGUUGCCUGUGUAAUCCUGCCCUGGUUGCGGUUCAGAGCGCAGGGAUUGGUUGGAAGAGCAGGUAUGUGAACCGACCAACCACAGGAGGCACGGCGUCUUAUCAGUAGGCCACAAAGCCUCUGUUUGUGUGGCUGCCACGUCCCUGUGAAGUCACACAGGACCAGCAGGAUUAACAUUGGUACAGUGUUUGCAUAAGUGAUGUAAUGCUCUGGAAACUGAUACCAACCAAAACAGUGGGGGAGCAGGACGUGCACUGCUGGAUCCACUGGCAGUAGCAGAAUUGUGUAUUUGUGUAUUUGACAUUGUUCAUAAAUUGUAUUUAUUGUAUUUUCUUUUUCCUUAAAUUUAGUUUGACAUCUUUCACCUCCAUCAUUCUAGAAAUUGACAUUUAUUAAAGUGGCUGUACAUA